AUGCAGACGAUUAAAUGCGUGGUGGUGGGCGAUGGCGCGGUGGGCAAGACAUGCCUGCUAAUCUCAUACACGACCAACAAGUUUCCGUCCGAGUACGUGCCGACGGUGUUUGACAAUUACGCGGUGACGGUAAUGAUUGGCGAUGAGCCGACUACGACCGCUGCGGCCGCUGUCCUAUCCGCAGACGACGUGUUCCUGGUGUGCUUCUCGGUGACGUCGCAGGCGUCAUACGAGAACGUGCGGGAAAAGUGGUUCCCGGAGGUGCGCCACCACUGCCCGGGCGUGGAUCUGCGCGAGGACCGGGCGACGCUGGCGAAGCUGGAGGGGAACCGGCAGCGCCCGAUUUCGGUGGAGCUGGAGAGCUAUGUCGAGUGCUCGGCGCUGACGCAGAAGGGUCUGAAGAACGUCUUUGACGAGGCCAUUGUGGCAGCGUUGGAGCCGCCUGUGACGAAGAAGAAGUCAAAGUGUCUGGUGCUCUGA